UAUGUGAGACUUAAGUUUUGUCAGUAAACUCUAAUAAUUUUGACACCUAAUUCAGUUGUCUAGUAUACUCGGAAUCGCUCAUUUCUCUUGAGAAAUUGUGGAGAAACUCAACAUAUUAUUCUGUGUGACAAUAGUCGAUGAGAAUCUACAUUAUUUCAAGGUGUUACACAGUUUCAAUUUUCAAAGGAUCCAUUUUCUCGGUGCGUCAAAGCUGUCCACAGUGGAUCAGAUAAAUCGAACGUCGCAAAUUUCUUUCAAUUAGUUGGCAUAUGCUGCUAGGAUUUGGAAUAACAAUCAGGUUCACAAGCUUUCAUUAUUCAAGGCUACGAUAGUUGUUUUGUUAGGGCAAAGGCAGGAAAAGCACUUAACUUCUGAAAGGAAGCACGCAUCCCAUUUCCUCUGACGUGCAGCGGAACAUUACAGAGAAAACUGGCCUCUGCGUGUUUUUCAACUGAGUUGGAAUCUUAUUUAAAGGGGAACACGUCUUAAAGAAUAUUAAGUUGUGCGGUUCGCCUUGGGUGCAUGAUUCGAUUACUUUGGGUCUUUCUCAGCAAAGUAUGUCUUACAUUGCCAGUGAGUCAGCGUAGUGCUAUACAUCAACUAAUGUUACGUUCCAUGCUUAUCAUCUAGAUCUAAGUCGUGGAAUGUGAUGAAGACUUUUUGAAACCCAACCAGGCAGAGAGGUAUUUUUCACUUCAGAAACGAUGACGGAUAAGAGAAAUUCGUAGAUCCCUCCCGGGAGCAUUUAUCAAAACAUCAACGGAUUAGUGAAGUCAGCGUUGAAACAUUCCAGAAAAAUUUGCAGCAGCUGAUUUUUUACCUGUCAAGACAUUAAAAAGCGCGGUGACUUCGUGAACUGCUUAAAAACUUCAAGACGCAUCCUGAGAGCAUCGUGGAGAAAUCUUAAAAUAGAAAUGGGAGACACAGAUAACAUGACAAUGUCAUCACCGAACCACACAGAGACUCAUCAGCGAUCUAUUCUAGACACUCCUGAGGGUAAAGCACAGCUUUCUAUUUACGUUCUCACAUUUCUGCUGGGUUCUUUUGGGAAUGUCCUCGUAUUACUGGUGGUUCGAAGUAAAAAACAUCGAACCGUCAACGAUCUCUUCAUUGUCAAUCUGGCCAUCUCGGACCUUUUAAUGAUUGGAUUCCUACCAGUUUACUCGGCGAAAAUUCUGGUACAAUUCCACCACAGUACGGCAUUCUGCAAGAGUGUUUUUCCCAUAGCUACAAUGACGUUUUUUGUAAGUAUAUUCACACUGACAUCCAUGGCAAUCCAUCGCUGCUAUGUCAUCACAAACCCGUUUAAGCCCGAAAUGCGAAAAUGGAAGAUCAUGGCUUGGUUGGUUGGCGUGUGGGUUGCGUCCUUUAUAGCUGUUCUUCCUCUCGUGCUGGCCAUAGAGGGAGGAUUACCUGGAACAGCUGAUUGCCCCGAAUCUUGGCAUUCCGAUGCUCUCAGAAAAGCUUACACAGCAUGCUUGUUCGUGCUGCAGUAUUCUCUUCCUUUGGCCGUCAUCACUGCUGCGUAUAUACGGAUAGCAGUGGAUCUGCUGAAAUCAAGCACAGAGAGAUUUGGACCAGGGAAAAGUCUCAAUAAUAAUCGGCGUGAUGGCAAUGCACUGUCGCGUCUCGCAUGCAAAGAAGAUAUCCAGGUAUUAAAAACCGUAGCUGUGAUCGUGUUAGUGUUUGCAAUUUGUUUGUUACCUCUUCAGCUCAGGUGGAUGAUGUUAGACUUUGGUGGGGAAACCCAAAGGCGCAUUGCCGGUCAAGUGUUUGUAAAAUUCGACGUCCUCCUCUCAAUAUUUCAUAGCUGCCUUAAUCCUCUGGUUUAUGGGACCCUCACGAGGCGCUUCAGAAGAGGCUAUAUCAGAUACUUGAUAUGCUUGUGUCCUUGUUUCAAAGAUCGUGUACCCAAUGGAACUGCGAGCACUACGGGGUAUCAUUAUCAGGACUGUAGCUCACCUACCAACCAGAAUGGUUCAGCUUUGGAUCACGCUGAAAGGACACCUCUUGGACGAGAAAGCCCUGAACACGAAACGAAGAGCACUGAAGUGUAACCUGCUUCUUUCAUAUCCAAUCAGAAUAUGAAACUACAAGUGCGGGGCUGGAAAACCUUCUGCUCGAGGGAGCAUUUCUGAAGUCAACCUGUUUGAAAAGGCUUACCAGGGGAGCACUGAACAGAGACUUGCUCUAGUAACAAACUGGCUCAUAACGACUUCUAGCAUAGAUGGCCUUCCUUGUACUACAGUUACAUCUCUCGAACAGUUUACUGCGAUUAUUGCAAUAGUAAGUAAAAUGAGCUUACAAAUAGAGAAAAGCAUGCUUUUGUCUCGCAGCAACAUUCACACGGAAGAAGAUACCUCAGGCUAAAUUAUCUUUCUUUUAUUGCUCAGCGCUGAUCUUAAUAGUGAUUCAAUUCUUUAUUUUAGAAGAACUACGUUUUUUAGGUUUAAAAAUACACAGAAAUUUGCAUGUGACGGAAUCACGAUUUCAUCGAAAAAGUUUUUACAUGCGUAUCUUAGAUGUCUUUAAUUUUUUUUUUCUUUUAUUUCACCAUGCUUUGAAAAGGCUAUAUAACUUAGGAGUAAAAUUAUUCGCAUCUUGUACUGUUUUCAUUUGUUUUUCAUCGUGUUUCAUGAUAGUUUAUUCUUCAAAUCUUUGACAAUAUUUGUCUGCCAACUAAGGAGAGAAUUCUGAACAUUUUACCGUGGAACACCUCUAAAGCUUAUAAGUAAGUAACUUGGAAACUUUUUUAUGAGUGAUAUAUGCUCAAGUUAUUGCCAAUAACAUGGAAUAGACGUGUUUGAUUAUAAUUAGAGAGAACUAAUAUUUUUAACAUGAAGGAGUAAUUUAGUCUUAAUUUGAUACCCUAUCUACACCUAUACUGGUCAGCGAGAAGAACAAAGGUCACCUUAUGCAGAAAACAAGAGCACUUUCCUUUACAACUCGCUGGCACUGCAUUUUUAUAUUUUAGUGUGUAAAAUGGCAUUUACCUUAAUUGAAAAAUUAUAUUUUAAAACUGAGUUU